CGCUCAAAACACCCGCAAGAGACGAGAUGAACCUUCAGAUCUGUUCAAGACGCUCGUCUGAAAUAUAAUGGAUAGAAUUGGUUUACACGCUAUCUUAAAACAUGCUCUGUAUAGACAAAGGAAUACUUUUGCUCAUAUUUGUAUGGUUUUACCAUUUUCUUAGCGAAAGCGAUGCGCUGCAAGUUAGGUACUACCUCCACUACAUGUUUACAGUCCUGACCAAAGCAGACACAUUCCCAGAGUUCAGUGCUGUGGUUGUUGCUAAUGGCGGACAGGUCAAACACUUCAGUGAUGAAGAAAGAGUCUGGGUCAGAGAUGGUCAGACUGUUUUUGACUGGACAAACACACCUGAAGAUCCACCUGAUUCUAGAGACUGGUUCAUUCAUCAACUGAAGAUGCUGUCUGACUGCACAAACUCACAGUGUUCUGAGCUUCAUGUUCUUCAGAGAAUAAUUGGCUGUGAACUGGAGAAACUUCCUGAUGGAACAGUGAAUCUGACUGUCUUUGAUGAAUAUGGAUUUGAUGGAGAGGAUUUUAUAUCCUUUAAUUCUGACACUAUGAAGUGGAUUGAUAAAAACCCCAAAGCCAAAGAAACCAAAGAGAAAUGGGAUCAUCAAACAGGACGAAACCAAUUCAUCAAGUAUUACCUCUGGACCUGCAAGGACUGGAUCUCAAAGUUUCAAAACACAGAGAAUUGUUCUCCAGAUGUUCAUGUCUCUGCAAGGAAAGCAGCUGCUGAUGACAGUAAGCUGGUUCUGACGUGUCUGGCCACUGGUUUCUACCCCAGAGAUGUUCAGAUGAACAUUAGAUUGAACAGAAACAUCCUUCUUGAACAUCAAACAUCUUCUGGAAUCAGACCAAAUAAUGAUGAAACCUUUCAGAUGAGAAUCAGUGUGAAGAUCGACAGAAACCAUGAAGGAUCUUAUGAUUGUCUGCUCAUUCACAGCAGUCUGACUGAACCAGCUUCAGUAAAAUGGGACGAAAAAUGCAUUGACUGUAAUAUGUCUCGUUGGCAUAUUAUAACAGGAGUAGCUGCAACUGUAGUUCUGUUUCUGAUUUUAUUUUGUUGCCUGAGCUACAAAAUUAAAAUAUUAUAUGGUAAAAAAGACCAGAAAAGUGAUGGUGAUAAUGAUGAUGAUUCAGAAGGUCAAACUGCAGACAGGAGCAUCGGAUGCAUAGAAGCAGUGAAACUGAGGAAGAGGAGGUGUCGCAAAAGGAGGACCCAGAAGCUCCGCAGGAUCGAUGCCAAGAUGGGCAUUUAGAUUUUUGGGAGGAGAAUUCUGAUCUGAAGUGGGGCUGACUCUGCACCUCCACACCCCCGGAAUAUUUUUAUUGUGUAAGUGAGUGACGUGACAUGACGUGACAUGUAGCCAAGUAUGGUGUCCCAAACUCGGAAUUUGUCCUGCAUUUAUCCAAUCCAAGUGCACACGCACAGCAGUGAGCAGUGAUCAAACACUCACAAACCGUGAACACACAAUUGCUGCCGGUACUGAGACUCGAACCUGUAACCAGUAGCGUGUUUACCCACCACGCAAAGCACGCAAUUACGUGGGGCCCAGCCCCGUAAUUUCUCCUGAGGGAGACCCCCCAUGGUGUAAUAUGCAGGUACAUUCUUUGUAUACCCACUAUAAAAGGUCAAGGAUUUCCAUAUACCCACUUAACCCUCUACCGCAUAGUGUUGCCAUAUGGCAACAUACACUUUGUGUUCAUUUCCUUGCCACUGUCUCUUUAAGAGAACAUUCUCGUUUUUUUUGUUGGUAAGAGAAGACCUUAGUUUAG